AAGUGAUAGAGAUGCUACUGUUACUGCCGCUACCGUCUUUAUAUCAUAAUCAGUGUAAAGGAAAUGAAGUUAUUGAAACAGGAAGUGAAAAAGCCCUACCGACAUGUUUACUUAGUCUCUCAUAUACGGUACUUAGAGAUAUACGCGAUAAGCUCUCGAUAUUGAAGACAAUACCUGAUGACUAGACACUAUGGCGUGUGAGGAGGAACUAAACCGGAUACUCCUCCGUGUAGGAGAGGAUCUACUCUCAGAUGAUGUGAAAAACAUCCUUUUCUUGCUGGGAGACGACAUAGCAAUGUCUGAAAAGGACAGGAUUUCUACUGGAGUGGAUUUGAUGUCAGUUCUUAAAGAUAGGAACAUUUUAGGCCGCAAUAACCUCGAAAGACUCAAAACUUUUUUAUCGGAAAUUAGAAGAAAAGAUCUUAAAGACCGACUGGAAACUUACGAGCAGAAAGUCAGAAACAUCAAUACAGCAAGGGCAAAUGCAAAUCUCACUUGUGUACCAAACUUUGUGGAGACAAAACAAUGUAAGGAGGUAGAAACGUCUAUGCAGGGGAACAAGCUCGUCAUCUUGAGGGGAAUAUCUGGGUCGGGGAAAACACAGUUGACUCUGAAGUGUGUGAAGCGAUAUGUAGAAAAAACAGGAUCGAACGUCUGGAAACUGACUUGUCAGGAUGAAAAUGAUUUGAUUCAGUCACUGAGCGAAAUAUUGGAAUUCUUCCAAAUGAAGUUUGAAUGCCAGACAGUCGAAAAAAACAAAUACAUUAUGGAAAUGGUUAGUGUUAUAAGCAACAAAGUCGCAUCUGAAGAAUGGCGGGCCCAAUCAUUCCUUUUCAUUUUUGACGACAUUUGCAAAGGAUGCUACACAGCAGUUGCGGGGAUAUUUUGUGAGAUGCGCGAAGCACCAAACGUUAAGAUAAUUGCUUCAACAGAGAGUUCCACAUUUUACCAACAAUUCAUAUUAGAAAAAAAUGAAGUCUUUGUGUCUGUAAUGGGUGUAUCAAAAGAUGAUGUUAUGAAUUUUUUUCUAAAUUCCGAGCAUUUCAAAGGAAAAGAUGAUGACCUAAAUCAUUUAGCUAAAUACUUGGGAUACCUACCAUAUGCUCUUGUGUUGGCAAGGUCAUUUAUGGAAUCUACCGGAAUGAAAGUAAAAGAGUAUUUAAAAAGGCUGAAUGAUCCAAAAUUUCUUCAAUCCAUGGAAAUUCCUUUAGACAUGCAGAGGUACAACAAAGGUCUAGUCGGGGCUCAGAUUUUGACACUAGAGAAGGUUGAAAAAAGCAUAUCUGAGCUUGGAAAGAGUUUAUUACAUUUAAUGCCUUUUUUAGAUUUCGAGAAUGUCCCUUAUACAUUAUUGCAGGAAUUAGCAAACGAUCUCGAUGACGGAUUAGAAAUCAGGAAAUUGAUACGCGAACUUAAAUCGUAUUCAAUUGGAAAGAUCACUACCUCAGAAGAAGAAACAAUUAUUUCACUUCACGCUGUAACAAAAAUGGUCAUCUUACAUCGCCUUUCGCAGGAAGAACGCGUGAGUAUCAUACAAAAAUUGCUAUGGUUUUUCAGUUGUCAUCUUAGAAUUGAUUGUAGACUAAGGUCAUCGCUGGCAUCCAAUCUCAUUCUGCAAAAUCAUGCUGAAUGCGUUAUUAUAGAAGCAGAGAGGAAUGCAUUUGAUCUGAAUAAGAAGGGCAUGCGUUUUUUGUUGUGCAUCAUACAGACAGCUAUAGGGGUUUGCUUACGCGUGUCUGGGUCACAACACUUGCUAGCAGAUGAAUACCUGACAAAAGCAAAAACACAAAUGUUUGGGUUGAUCGAAGAGUCCCCCGAAAAAUUCAAAUUAAGGCUGGAUGACAAAGAUACAAUGGAAACAACAACAAGGUCAACAGGGCCAGGAUUUAUUCUCAUGAAACUAAGACGCACGUUUUCCUCCAGCGAACGUACGGAAGACACGUCCUUUGAAAAAUCUGAACAAGAAAGUACCAACUUCUCAAAGGUGCAGCGACUUUAUACAAAACUGGAAGAUGCCACGAAAGAUUUGCCACUUCAGUUUAUAACUGAUUUUGUGUUGAAAUUGAACCGAAGUGAGAUGGAUAUGAAACAUUUGCAAACUGUUGCACGUAUGGGUAGUAUGGACACCAAUAAACUGUGCUUAACAAUAGCACUGUACGAAAAACUGAAGUCAGCGAAAGCAGCUAUGUCCAUCGAACAAAUCAGAGAUAUUUUUGCUGUGGAGCUGAUGAUUAUCAUUUUGUACAACAAUGGCCGACACUACUAUCAGUGGAAGCUGGGAGAAAAGUCAUCCGAUGAAUUCUGUUGUAAUGAAUUAUUGACCGCAGCCAUGCUCGGAAAACUCUUAAAGAGGAACUUUCCAGAUUUUGUGUCAGUGCAGUAUCUAAUCACCCACAGGAAUGGAAUGUUCUAUCAUGACGAAACUGGCAAAAGGUACACGCAGGACAAAGAACUGGUCCUCGCAAAAAAUGAUCUCGAAGAGACAAUAUGCCGUUUAGAGAGAAUGUCUGAUCCAAAACUUCAAUAUUUCGAAUUUGGUAUCUUGAAAGUGAGUGAACAUCAUCGGUUGCAUCAGGAGGGAAUGUGUUUAGAGCUAAUGCUACAAUGCUACAUACAACUUUAUUGCCUUUGCAACAACAAGGAAGAAGAAAGGGAACACCAAUAUACUAGAGCAAAAAUUUGUGCAGAAAAGCUGCAUACAUUAACGAGGGAAAUGCCGACUUGGAGGGCAGUGCCAGGAUUUCACGUACAGUUGGCAAGAUUCUAUAACCUGAAGCAGAACCAAACUCUUUUAGGAGAAGCUGUCAAACAUUUCAAGAUAGCAGACGAAUUGGAAACAGAAAAUAACGUGAAAGGACUGUCGCACUUUCAGCUGCAGGCACGGUUUGGGCUUGUGGAAUGUUACAAACUUCUCGGUGACCAUGACUCGCUGGCAGAAGCGCAAGGUAUUUGUCAAUGUCUCGUUACACGAUUGCAUGAAACUAAUUUAUACGGAAUUCAAGGAAAAGCACGGAAGUAUCUAGAAGAAAUUCAACAACUGAUGGAAUCUUCAGUUAGUGGUACUUAACUUGAAAAUGUAUUAGAAAGACCUGAUGAAGCUUCAAUGAUGCCUAUGUUAUACUUAUUAAAAACAAAAAAUGCUUCUGCUGAUCUUCAUGAAAUAAUCGAUCAACUAUUGCCCUUAUUUCGACUCUUCCAGUCUGCACAAAUAAAUAGAGGAAACGUCAUAAUGUAGUGAAGAUGUAAACCCUCAACAAAUAUUGGAGGAGGAACCGGACGAUCAAGAGGCAAAGUUUGUAAUCUUGAAGAAAAAAUCGAGGACUGCAUUAAGAAAGGAAAAUAACACAUUUUUUAUUGACCAGAAGGUAAUAGCAUUAAGAAGAUGACAUAAUUCAGACAAAUUACGAUUAUAUAAAGAUCACAUUACGUUUGCGUCAAUGCGUGAUCUCCAAUAAAGGUAUAGAGAAAAGCAACUGAACAAAUCAUCGCCGAAUGAAGCAUUAAAACUGUCUUUAAAACGAAAAGUUGAUGUCUAAAACAUAUACAAAUAUUUUCGGCGUGAAAUUGUUGUUAUCGUUUAGGUUGUGUGUUUGAUGAACGUAAGUAUUUAUAUAUAAUUAACAGUUUGUGAAACAUCACUGUAUCGUAAGUGUCAGUUGUAUAGUAAUUUUGAAUAGUAUCAUAAUGUUCAUUUUAUCAUGUUUACAGUUAUGUCGUAAAAGGUACGUAAGAUGUAUUAUAAAGAUCAGUGGGAACUAACUUACUGUGCCCCUCUGUUGGCCAUCUUAUUUUUGUUUUAUUACGAUGCUGAAUUUAUUGAUGACGUCUUGUCUUUAAGUAACGUGUAUGUCUAUCAGAAUAGGAACUCAAAGACAAUACAGACUCAUCUACAUUAGUCACUUGUCUCUAUCUUUUACAACAACGAAACCAACAUGGACAGAUGUCCAUACAGUGUAUGAUAAACGCGAUUACUUAAAAUUUUCCAGUUUCAUUUUCUAGGUGGCAUUUUUGUAACCCAAACCUAUGGUAUUUACUUAUAGGUUGGCGAAAAGUAUAGAGAAAUUUUACGUUCGUCAUGGUGAUGUCAUAUUCUAUUUGUGUGAUAUGAAGAUGGACGUGUUUGAUGCUCGUUAGUUUGUAUGUUGGUUCCGUUGUUCCAUACAUCGUUCUUUUUUUUGAGAACAUGACAUUACAUACAUGAAUUGAUCAAGGUUUACAUGGCGGGUGUCGUCGAUGAAGUCUCUGUGUAAGUCUUUCUUUUGUUCAUAUUUUCUUUAGUUUUAUUGAAAACGAUUUUGGAUUAUGAUUCUGUUGACAUUUUUUGUAUCGUAAAGAUAAGCUGUAUAGAUAUAUUCAGCCUAUGGUGAAGUUCAGUUGUGUGGUAAAGGUAAUUUGUACGGUGGUUGUCAUUUUUUACGUACUGCAUACUUGUAUCAUGAUGUACCGUGAUAUUGUAUCGCAUCUUUUGCUUUUAAUAUUUUCAUUGUACUUGACUGUUGUACUGCAAUGUUUUGUACUAAACUGUGAUAUAGAAAUUUGUACAAAAAACAAGAGUAGCUUUAACUACAAUAAAAGAGUGAGAUACAGUAGAGUCAAACAACGAAUUAAACUACAUCAUAUAAUUGUUUCGUCCUUAUAGGCCUCGUAGGUGAUUUUUAAGACUUAAAGUUUGAAGGCAUAUGUAUUGUAUCCUGCUUUUGUAUUCACAGUACAAUCGAAUUUUACAGUGCGUUUGUAUUAUACUUUUCUUUGUCGUGUAUUUCACAUUUGUCUAAUAUUGUAUUGUGCAUUUGUGUUGAGCUAUACCAGCCACUUGUCUGUACAUCAUGAAUUACAAUUUUAAUGAUAUUGAAAAAUCUUUUUAUUCAUCUUUACAUUUUCAUAUGACCUGUAAAUAAGUAGUGCAAAUUAAUCAAACGAUUUAUAUCUAUAGCUUAUCUGCAAUAAUGCCAGUACAGAAAAACAUCUCGAAUCUAUAUAAUAGUUCCACAAAUAUCAAAUAUGAAUACAAAAACACAUAUCAAAAUGAAAACAAAUCAGCGUGUUGAUUUUCUUAAUCUUGUAAAUCCGACUCGUUUCAUAUAACACGUUAGUCACUUAAUUGCUAGGUAUCCAGUAAUCAUACUAAGAAUGCAUGUGGAGAGAAGACAGGACGAGAUCGCUUGAUAAAAUACUUACAAAAAAUAAUUGUUGAGACAUACAGAAAAUAUCUCCUUGAGUAUGGACUUAUGUAUAUAUCAUGUAUUGUAAUUGAGCAUUGGUGAGGGCGAGAAAUAAUUAGCAAUGUUCGUAUGAAUUAUAUUUCUACGACAUGAAAUAUACAACACCUGUUAAGCAUUUUUUAUGAUAAAAAUUAAGAAAAUAAAAUUGUU